AUGAAAAAUGGAAGAGGCUCCCCCAAGCAGCCGUUUCGACUCCUAGCGCUGGUGUGCGCGGUGAUAAUAUACCUAGGGAUAAGCACCAGGGGGAACCAGACCACGGAUGGAAGUCACCUGCACAAGGCAGUGGUCAUUGACGCAGGGUCCACGGGAACGAGGGUCCACAUAUACAAGUACAAAAUUGUGGGAAACGAAAAAGGAAUCAACAUACACAUCCCAUCGAUCAGUUACAGAACGACCCCAGGGUUGGUGUACCUCCUGAAUAACUACUUUUCAAAUGAUGAGAAAGUGCCCUUUUAUGAGUAUUUCAAAAAUAUAAAAACAUUUCUGUAUGAACAUGUUAAGGUAAAAGAAAGAUCCAGCACCCCCAUCAUGAUUCGCGCGUCAGGAGGAUUCAGACUGCUCAGCAUAACCGAGUCGGACAGUUACAUAAAUUUUGUAAAGCAAUAUUUGUUAAUGAACUUUACGGAUUUUCUUCUAAUUGAUGAGUUGCUCAUCAAAGUGCUAAGUGGGAAGGAAGAGGCCAUUUUGUCCUUCGUCUCGAUUUACGCCCUUCUGGAGAAGUUCACCCCCAGCCCUGUGACGUUCACCAAUUUGGGGGAGUCGCAUGGGGAGAACACCGCGUCAGCAGCGUCCGCAGCGGGGGAUGCGGCCCAGGCUACCUUCGGAAAGGCUCCCCAAGCGAACAAAUUGAGCGAAGGGACCAAGGGGGAGAACGACAUCAUAGGGGUCCUGGAGCUAGGCGGCGCCACGGCCCAAGUAGUAAUAAAAUUCCCCCUCUCCAAAAUGGACGCAGAUAUAAAAAAUUUGUUUAAUUAUAAACACAGCGAAAAAAUGAAGAAGAGUGUGAUUGAGGAAAAUUAUAAAAAUAAAAACGUCGUGAAGAUUCACCUUUUUGAUGAUGACAUAUAUCUUUAUUGCAAAAGUUACCUCGUGUUGGGGAGGCAAAACGCCAUGAAGACGUACCUCCAUUAUAUUAUUCAUCAGCAUAAUGGGGAAGAGCAGGUGGACGUAAAGGGCCUCUCCGCAGGGGAGAAGAACUCCCCAAUCGUUGUGGAUGCUCAGAAGAAUGCAAGUGAUAAAACUAAGUUCAUUCCAGUUGCUUGCUUCCCAAAAAACUUCAAAUUUUACGUCAAUAAUUUAUACGAGACUUCCAUUGAGGAGGAGCUGCACGAGUAUGACGGGAAGACGCAGAUGAGCGAAGACGACUACGUCGCUGUGGGUACCGGCAACAUCGACGUGUGCAGGGCCCAAAUACAGACCAUCCUCAACUACGCGCAGAUUGACGACCUUCCGUUUAAGCUGAAGCGGUUCAUAAAGCUCUACGGCAUUGAGAACUUCCACCACUUCGCCAUCGACAUUCUGAACCUCCCAGAGAGCUUCGACCCCAUCGCGCUCGACUCCAAUAUGUACUUGGAAAAGGCGAAGGAAGUCUGCCCGCUGACCAUUGACGAAAUUGUGAAGGUGGUGCGGCCCGGCGCCAACAUCGAGAAGGCGCAGACGUCCUGCUUCGGGCUAAUAUUCCUGUACGAGUUCAUGCGGUACAUCCUGAAGAUUGACCAGCCCAUAACGUUCCAGUCGACCAACUACAUAAACAACAUCAGCAUCACCUGGACAGUGGCCGUUCUGCUAAUGGAGCUCCCGCCCCACUUGCACACAAUUAAAAAGCAGGCAAAGGAACCCCAUCACAACGAUGAACUGUGAAUGGGGAAGUCACCCACCCCUUUUACGUGGCGAAGUAGAGGAGCGGCACGCACGUUGCCUUGUCUCUUCUUCCCACUUUUGUUUUUGUCAUACGCGAGGAAGAACUGAAGAGUCGUAGUACACGCUUAU